UGCUACUCUGAGAGAAGCUAUGGAUCUGUUAUAUUAGGAGGCUGUUUGGAGACAGAGAGAGCUGUGACCAAGAAGGCAUUCAUGUAUGAGAGUGUGAAUGUGGGUGAAAUCUGUGCUUUUAAAAUCCAUGGACAAGAAAUGCCCUUUGAAGCUGUUGUGCUAAACAAGACAUCUGGAGAAGGUCGUCUUCGAGCAAAAAGCCCUAUUGACUGUGAACUGCAGAAGGAAUAUACAUUCAUCAUUCAGGCCUACGACUGUGGAUCAGGACCAGGUGGAACAAGCUGGAAGAAAUCUCACAAGGCGGUGGUCCAUAUCCAGGUAAAGGAUGUCAAUGAGUUUUCACCAGCUUUCAAGGAGAGUGUGUAUAAGGCCACUGUGACAGAGGGAAAGAUCUAUGACAGCAUACUGCAGGUAGAAGCCAUAGACGAGGACUGUUCCCCACAGUAUAGCCAGAUCUGCAAUUAUGAAAUUGUCACAACUGAUGUUCCUUUUGCCAUUGACAGAAAUG